ACCCUCCACACCACACCCAUGGCCUGCCACAACCGCUGCAGUCCCUGCGGACCCACCCCGCUGGCCAACAGCUGCAACGAGCCCUGUGCCCUGCAAUGCCAGAACUCCCGCGUCAUCAUCGACCCUUCCCCUGUGCUGAUCACCCUGCCAGGACCCAUCAUGACCUCCUUCCCCCAGAACACCGCCGUCGGAUCCACCUCCUCCGCUGCCGUGGGCACUGAGCUCAAUGCCCAGGGACAGCCCAUCUCGGGUGGAUUUGGCUUUGGUGGCUUUGGCUAUGGCCGGGGAGGCCUGGGCUGCUAUGGCAGGAGGGGCGGCUACAUCUGCUAAGGACCCUCGGCACCACCCCUGACACCACCAACUCUAGUAACAGCUCCUGCAAGCAAAGCACCUCUGCUGAUGGGAGCCAGCCUUGCACAUCAGACCAGCUCUUCUCACUUUCUCCAUCUUCCCUCAUCCUUCUUUUGCUUCAAUAAACCUCUGCUGCAUCAAAGCCUUACAUGCC